AUGUUUGAUAUUAUACAAACAGAUUGGCGUAAGCUCGUACAUGAUAUUGAAACAGCAAAACCAAAAUUGGACUCGCUAGUGUGGUCAGCUAUACCAAAUGAUUUACGAAAAAUGUUAAUAGAAAGAUUACAGCCACCUAAUCCAGAAUUAGCUAAACAAAUAACUGAUAUCAUGAGUUCAUCAACAUUACCUGUUGGGUGGGGUAAACAAUUAUUUCCUGAAUUAAUUAUCACACAAUCAUGCUCUGGUGCAGCAUUGCUACAUCAUAACGAUAAAUUAAAAAAUAUUCUUGGAUCUGGUGUUCAGUUAUGUGGAGAAUGUUAUAGUUCAACUGAAGGUGUACUGGGCAUUAAUUUAGGUUAUACAUCAUUAAAUCAAUUUACAUUUGCUGUGCGAUUUUUUGAACAUAGUGAAUUAAAUAAACUUUAUGAGGUAGUUAUAACAAACUAUAAUGGGCUUUAUCGUUAUCGUAUGGGUGAUAUCAUCAAAAUUAUCGACUAUCGUAAUGGAAAUUUACCGGUAUUUGAAUUGGUUUAUCGUCGUAGUUCGAUAUUGAAUCAUUUUGGUGAACAUGUAACUGAACAGCAAAUAAUUUCAACAUUACAGCGUUCUAUUAAACAAUUAAAUGAACAAUUGAAAACGAGUUUCAUAUUGGUUGAUUAUUGUGCCACAUCAGUUAAUGAAAACAAUUUAUUCUAUCAUCGCUUAUUUAUUGAAUUGAACCCACAACAGAGCAACGAUGCUAUAAUACUGGAUCAACUUUUAGGAUAUUUAUUUGGUCAUCAUAAUACCAAUCAAGAGUUAGAAAAUUCAUUAAAAAAUUUUGCUUUAUUUAUUGAUAAAGAUUUAUGCGACAGCAAUUAUUUUUAUUCUGAUGAACGUUUAUCUUCAAGAUUGCAAUCAUUAGAUAUACUUUUAUGCAAACAAGGAACAUUUAUUAAAUUAAAACAAGCUCAAAUGCUGGGUGGAGCAAGCAAUGAACAACUGAAAGUUCCACAUGUUAUACCAGAAACUGCUCAAAACUUAUUGAACCUUAUGGUAGUUCAUUCAAAGCGAAUUAAAGAAUAA